CUCGCGGUCACGUGACGAGGGGUGUGGGCCGCGUCCCGGCGGAAACGUGAGGGACCGAGCAGGGAACGGCAGCUGGAAGCGGCGGGAGCGGGGCUGGCGCCGCCGGAGCAGACGUGCCGCAGGGCGGGAGACACGGCUGUCACCACGGAGCCCGCGAGCGCUAACACGGCGGCGGCCACCGCCGCCUCGCGGGCCGCGGGCGCCGGGGACCAGGCGAGCUCGCUGCCCCCGCCCAGGAUGCAGCGCAGGAAGAGGAACGCGGGCAGCAGCUCCGAUGGGACGGAGGACUCCGAUUUUUCCACGGAUCCCGAGCACACGGACAGCUCGGAGAGCGACGGCACGUCCCGGAGAUCCGCCCGCGUGACGCGGUCCUCGGCCAGGCUCAGCCAGAGCUCCCAAGACUCCAGCCCGGUGCGGAACCCGGCGCCGUUCGGGGCGGAGGAGCCGGUGUACUCGACGCGCAGGGUGACCCGCAGCCAGCAGCAGCCCGCCCCCGUCACCCCCAAGAAGUACCCGCUGCGCCAGACCCGCUCCUCCGGCUCCGAGACCGAGCAGGUGGUGGAUUUCUCGGACAGAGACACUAAAAACGCAGCGGAUCACGAUGAGUCCCCGCCUCGCACUCCCACCGGGAACGCCCCUUCCUCGGAGUCGGACAUCGACAUCUCCAGCCCCAACGUGUCCCACGACGAGAGCAUUGCCAAGGACAUGUCCAUGAAGGACUCCGGGAGCGACCUCUCCCACCGGCCCAAGCGCCGCCGCUUCCACGAGAGCUACAACUUCAACAUGAAGUGUCCCACUCCUGGCUGUAACUCCUUAGGACACCUGACCGGGAAGCACGAGAGACACUUCUCCAUCUCGGGGUGCCCACUGUACCACAACCUCUCAGCAGAUGAGUGCAAGGUGCGAGCCCAGAGCCGGGAUAAGCAGAUUGAGGAGCGGAUGUUGGCCCACAGGCAGGAUGACAACAACAGGCACGCCACCAGGCACCAGGCCCCCACAGAGAGGCAGCUGCGAUACAAGGAGAAGGUGGCUGAGCUCAGGAAGAAGAGGAACUCAGGACUGAGCAAGGAGCAAAAGGAAAAAUACAUGGAGCACAGACAGACCUAUGGCAGCACCAGGGAACCUCUCCUGGAAAACCUGACCAGUGAGUACGACCUGGAGCUGUUCCGGAGGGCGCAGGCACGGGCAUCCGAGGACCUGGAGAAGCUGAGGCUGCAGGGCCAGAUCACCGAGGGCAGCAACAUGAUUAAAACCAUUGCUUUUGGUCGUUACGAGCUGGACACGUGGUACCACUCCCCCUACCCCGAGGAGUACGCUCGGCUGGGCCGCCUCUACAUGUGUGAGUUCUGCCUCAAGUACAUGAAGAGCCAGACAAUCCUGCGUAGGCACAUGGCAAAGUGUGUUUGGAAACAUCCCCCGGGGGAUGAGAUCUACCGCAAGGGCUCCAUCUCCGUGUUCGAAGUGGAUGGGAAGAAGAACAAGAUCUACUGCCAAAACCUGUGUCUGCUGGCAAAACUCUUCCUGGACCACAAAACACUGUAUUAUGAUGUGGAACCCUUCCUCUUCUAUGUCAUGACAGAAGCUGACAACACUGGCUGUCAUCUGAUAGGAUAUUUCUCCAAGGAGAAGAAUUCCUUCCUCAACUACAACGUCUCCUGCAUCCUGACAAUGCCUCAGUACAUGAGACAAGGCUACGGCAAGAUGCUCAUCGACUUCAGUUAUUUGCUGUCUAAAGUAGAGGAGAAGGUGGGCUCUCCCGAGCGGCCCCUCUCCGACCUGGGGCUCAUCAGCUACCGCAGCUACUGGAAGGAGGUUCUGCUGCGGUACCUGCACAACUUCCAGGGCAAGGAGAUCUCCAUCAAAGAGAUCAGCCAGGAGACUGCAGUGAACCCCGUGGACAUCGUGAGCACCCUGCAGGCCCUUCAGAUGCUCAAGUACUGGAAGGGAAAACACCUGGUCCUGAAAAGACAGGACCUGAUUGAUGAGUGGAUAGCCAAAGAGGCCAAGAGAUCCAACAGCAAUAAGAUCAUGGAUCCCAGCUGUUUGAAAUGGACCCCUCCCAAGGGAACCUAAGUGUCCCUCUCUCCUGGAGCCAGUGACCCCCAGCAGUAGAAGUUCCCCUGGGAUCUCUGUGUGUCCAUUGCUGUUGUGGUGGGCUGGUGCAGUACCCCAAACCCCAACACAUCAGCUCCCCCUGGGACUGGCCUGGCCUGGAUCGUUGUGCUCCCACAGUUCUGAGGAACUUUGAUGUCUCGGCCUCAAUGAGGUUGCAAGGAUUGGAUCUGUAGGAUUGGAUCUGUAGGAUUGGAUCUGUAGGAUUGGAUCUGUACCGGACCCCCAGCAGCGCUGGCCCAGGAGCUCUGACACUGGUACUGUACCUGUCCAGCCACUGGUCUCACCCUCCUGUUCCUGCUCCAGUGAGCUUGUGUCGUGUCCUGUGAGCCAGUUGUUCCUUCCCUCAGGUUCCUGGAGCUCUCAGCACUGCAGUGACUCCUGUGGCUUUUGGACAAGGUCAGAUAACUGGGGAGGGUCUGGUUUUCCACUGAGCUGCAGUUACACCAGCUGCAGUGUUUUAGCCAGUCCUGGUCCAUUCCAGGCCUGAAAGAGUUUUGGUGGGAUAAUGUUUCACCUCUUCCAGCAGUUUUCCAUAGGUCUUUUUGUAGUUUAUGAUGUACAGGCAGAACUUGCCUGUACCUGAGUGAGGUGCUGAGUGAAGGCUGAGGGUGUGAGAACACCCUGCUCCGAGAUGUUCCCAUUAUCCUGCAGCUCCCACAUCUGCUGGAGAGACCCCUUCAUUGUAAUUCCUGUUCUUCCUCCUUUAUCUCUUGGAGUUAGUGAGUCCCUUUACAAACAGUGUAUUUAACUGGAGACACGUUUCCCAGAGCAAUCCUCCUUGAACUGUGGCUCUCUCCGUAUUGGAGAGGGUUAUUUUUUCCCCUCUAGACUGAAGAAACAAAAACUUUGGACAGAUUUUUGCUGGCCUUGUCCAAACAGCCACAGAAACUCCAGGAGUUGUUGGGCUGCCCAGGCUGUGCUCCAGGGAGCUGUGGGAUGGGUCAUCCUCUGGCAGUGCAUCCUUGUUUCUCUUUGUAAAACAAACAGAAAAAAAUAAUAAGCUUUGACUUCCUCUCUCCCACCAGCACCACCAGAAGAAACUCUCCUGCAAUGGCUUCCCAGUAUAACCACUGUCCUUGUGCCACCUCUAUGGCUCCAGUGUGACUAAAAUCAGGGACAAGCUCGGGGUAGGGGCUGGGACCAUCCCAGUGCUGAUUUCAUGGAACCUUCCGGUGCUUCCUCACGGAACAGGCUCUGACAUGAAGCACUCGCAGUGUCCUGGCAGGUGGGAGCCAUUCCCUGUUAACCACUGCCCCAUCCUGGCCUGGAAGAGUUCUCUCUUGCUCCUCUGUUGGUUGUCUGUCCUGGAAAAAAAUUAAAAAAAAAAAAAAAGGAAAAGAAACUUCCUGCUCAGUCCCCAGCAUGGACCUUGUGGGCAUUACUGAACCUCCUGUCUGUGCCCUGCUCUGCACUGUCACUGACACAGAUCCUGACGGGAUAUCCAGGGAAUUAGACCCCUUGGGGAGUAGGGAAGAGGGCCAUCCUCCUGCAGCAGCUGUUCCCUGUCCCCAUGGUGUGGUAGAAUGUGCUGUCCUGUUCCUGCUCCUCAAUAAAGCAUGUUCUCUGCUCCG